AUGGCAGAAGAAAAUAUUUAUUCAUCUAUAUUUUCAAAAACAUUAUUAACAAAUUAUUACAAUACCUAUUAUUUAUCUUCAUUGAGUAAUCCAAGUACUACAUCAAUGACAUAUUUCAAUCAACAUCAAGUAUUACCAACGGGAAUAACUCCAUCAUUUCCAAAAUUAUUAUGGGACACAAAAAAGCUAAACAAUAAUAGUGAAGUAAAAGCAGGCGGUACUAUUUCUAGUGAAAAAGGCACCAAAAAAGCCAAUACUAAAAGAAUUGUUUUAACUAACAGUACAAUUAAACAAUAUUCUUUAGAAAGUGUAGAAAAAAAUUACCAAAAUAUGUUUUGUAAAGGGGUUAUUAUGAGAAGUGAUAAUAAGACUAACAAUGAUACAAAAAUUGUUACACAUUCUUAUAAUAAUGACUUAUUAACUUCUAACUAUUUACAAAAUAUAAUUACUAAUGAUGAAGUAUAUACUAUUAAUAAAACUAAUAAAAAAAUAUAUAACUUUAACAAAAAUAGAAAUAGUUAUAUUAUUGGCCUACAAAAACCGUUAAAUAAAAAUAUUAAUAGACAAAAUAUUAUGUCAAAAAGUUUUACUAAUAAAUACCUAUCUGGUUUUAGAUUUAAUAAAAUGGGUAAUGAAUUUAGUGGAUGUAAAAAUCAGGAAGAAUGUUUUGGAAAUAAAAAUAUUUUAGAAAAUGAUAAAAAUUUAACAAAAUCUCUCUAUAUUCCUAGUCAUUCAUUAAUAAGAUUUUCUGCUGAAGUAUAUAAAUUAUCAAAUGAUAGAACAGAAUGGAAAAAACUUCAUAAUAAUAUGUUAACAAUAUCAAGUACCGAAAGAUAUCAUGUUUUAGAGACAUUUUUUGACAUUACUGGUUUUGAUAUUCAUAAUGAAAUUGUAUUUACCUCAUAUAUUUCAAGUUCAAGUUCAGUUAAAAAAUCAUCAAAUCGUUUUAUUAUUUGGAAUGAAAAUAAUUCUAUUUAUGGUCUUAAUUUUCUUCUCUCAAAGGAUGCUGAGGAAUUUUGUGCUAUUUUGUCUUCUCGUAUUACUAAAGAAUCAUUAACUAAUGAUUGUAUUAUUGCAGAGACGUCAAUUAUCAUAGAAAGUAUAGAAAAAGAAAAUUGUGAGAUUAUUGAGAUUAUUGAAAAAAAAGAAAUAUCCUUUCAACAAUGUUUUUUGACUCUUCAAAAUAAUGGUCUUAUAUUAUUAAUAAAAAUAAAAGGAGAAGAAAUGGCAUAUGCUGUUGAUAUGUUAGAUAGUAUUAUUUUAUAUGAUAAUGUAUCAGCUUUUAUCUACUUAAGUCAUCCAUCUAAAGUCUUUAUAUUUAAAUGUGAAAGACCAACAUUAAUGUAUAAUUUUUUUAUAAAAGCAAUACAUGAUUCAAAUAUUGUGUUGACAAAUGAAAAUGAAAUAUCAAUGAUUCAAAAUUCUUUAAAAAUUGCACAAUCAGAAAUGAAUGUUAAUGAUGAAUUAAAUAAUGAUAAUAAAAAUAUUGACAAUAAAGAAAUAUUAUUAAAUAAUGCAUCAAAACAUUUUAUUAAUUUUAUGUUUAAUAUGCGAAUAUAUGUUGAGGAAAAAAAAAUGUUAAUUGAUGAUAAAGUUUUAUUAUCUCAAGUAGAAAAAAUUGCUGCAAUGUUUGUAACAAAAAGGCAUACAUUAACAUUUACCCAUUUAUAUUGUGCUGCAAAUAGAGAUAUAUCAAUAAAAAAAUAUUUCUCAUAUCAAAAUCAGAUGUGUAUUAAUGUAAUGAAACGAUCAGAUGGGAUUUUGAAUUUAAAAAAUAAUAGUGAUAAUAUAAAUAAUGAGAGUUAUAAAUCUUCUAGAAAUAGUAAUGAGGGAAAAAUAAAAAAUUCAAAAUCUUUUGAUACCAUUACUACACCAACAACUCCUAAUAAUCCAACAUUACCACAAGAAUUAUCUAUUUCAAAUUUAAAAGCAAUGUUUAUGCCUUUAAAUUCUAAUAAUUUAGAAAAAAAAUGUAUUGAUGAAAAUUUUAAUGAUAUAACAGAAAAAUCAAAUAUUAACUUAAAUAAAAAUGAUAAGAAAAAACGAUUUGGUGAGACAUAUGUCAUUUCUGAAUUAGAUGAAAAAAAAGAAGAAUUUUUGGUUAGAAAUGUCAUUGAACUUGUUGAUUCAGAACGAGUAUUUGUUAAAGAUUUAAAUGAAUUAAAAAAUAAAAGUAUUGAAUUAUUAGGUCCAAAAUUAAAAAUGAUUAUUGGUGAAUUAAGUAAUUUACAUUGUUAUUUUUUAAAUUGUCUUGAAGAGGCAAAAGAUGAUAUAACAAUUAAUAAGAAAGAUGAUGAUUAUCAAUUUCAUUGCCAGACAAAGAAUACAAUUAUUCGAAUUUCAACUUUAUUUAUUAAUAAAUCAAGUAAAUUUAAAAUUUAUAGUGAUUAUUCUGCUGCUUAUACAACCUGGCUCCAGAAUAGUUUAGGAAAUAACCAAUUAAAAGAAAAAAUGAAACAAAAGAAGAAAGAAAAUUUAGAGAAGUGUCAAAAUAUUGAGUCAUUAUUAAUUAAACCUAUUCAACGUAUUUUAAGAUAUCCAUUAUUUUUAGAAAAAAUUGUUGAUUCAUGUAAUGUUGAGACAAUUGAAUAUAAACAAUCAAAACAGGCAUUGUCAAGAUUACAAGAAUUGGCAUCAUACAUCAAUGAAAUGCAACGUUUUCGGGAACAAUUUGGUAUGAGAUUAGAUGACUUUGCUAACAAUAAUAAAAAAUAUUUAGAAGAAAAGGGAAUGAAUCUUGAUAUGAAAGAAUUAUUAAUGUUUGCUCAUGUUAAGUUAUACACAAUUAAUGUUAAAGAUAAAAUAUCUAAAAAAGUUGAUGGAGUAAUAUUAAUUUUCAAUACACUUGUUAUCAUAUUUAUUCCUGAAAAAAAGAAAGAUAAAAAUCAUAAAAUUAUUCCUAUAAAUGAGUGUAUUGUUAUUAAUUCACUUAAACAAUUAUCAAAAGACACCAAUAGUAUUAAUAUGAUAAAAGAAGAUAUAGAAAAUACUUUUCAAAUAAUGCACAUAAAUCCGUAUCAAAAAAAUCAUAGUAAUUUUUUAAUUCAAUGUAGUUGCAAAGAAAUAAAAAGUCAGCUGUUAAGAAAUUUAAAUAAAGCUAUCAAAAUAAAUACAUCUGGAAAAAAUUGUAGGCCGUUAUCAGGAUCAAGUCAAUCAGAUAGAGGAUAUGAAAGUGAAAAAUAA